AUGGCAACUAAGAAAAAAAGCAGGAUAAAUGGAAAAUUAAAAAAAAUUGAUAAUAAAAAUAAAAAAAUAGAUAAAUAUAAAAAUGUAGACGAAAUUGCAAAGGAAGCCAUAAAAAAAACAAAUGUAAUAUUAAUUAAAAAAAAAGGAAUGAGUCCAGAAAUCAAAACUCUUUGUCGAGACAUAACAGAUAUGUUUAAUCCAUAUUGUAUAGUAUUUUAUAUUAACAAAUUAAAAAAUGCAAAUGAAAUAAAUAAUAAAUUAAAAGAAUUAAGUUAUCAAUUUUCAAUUUCUAUUUAUUUGCAAAAUCUUAAAUUAUUUUAUAAAAUUACAAGUAAUUAUACAAAAUUAGCAAUAACAUUAAUGAUUCGAAGUUAUACAGGAUCAUCUAUAGUUAAAUCUGUUUAUUCAAAACAUUUAGCUAUUGAUUAUAAAAAAUUAAAACCUUUACUUAUUUUAAAAAAUUUUAAUAACACCAAAAAUCCAGAAUUGGAAAAUUAUUUAAUUAUUGUACAAAAUGUUUUAAAAAAUUUAUAUCCAAGUGUAAGUUUGGCCAAUGAUUUUACACACAAGCCACGAAGAAUUUUAUUAUAUUGUUAUAACGCUAGUGAUAAUACUAUAUAUUUUAGACAAUAUGCAACAAAUUUUAAAAAAAAUGCCCUUGAUAAAAUUAUAGGGAAAGCUUAUCAAAUUGAAGGCUCGAAUGAAAAUAUCGAUAUAUAUAAAUAUAUUUCGAACAAACUUAUUAAUAAUAAUAAUGAUGAUAAUGAAGACAAAGACAAUGAACAUAAUUUACUAGAAAUUGGCCCACGUAUUAAUUUUGCUAUAUAUAAAAUCAUGGAUCAGGAUAAUGUGAUAUAUUCAAUGCCGACGAUGAAUUGA